UAGGGAUUUUUUUUCUUACUUGUCUGGGACACCUGAAAUCAAGUUACUUUAUUCUGUUGCAACUUUUGCACCCCCCCACCUUGUUUUAGACCAUCACAAACAAAUCUUUUAUUCUUGAUGAUUAACGCAUGGCAUAUAUGGUGAUCUAUGAAUGGAAGAUGCUACAGUUGAUUGACAAUAUGAAUUAGAUGUUCCUGGUCUACUGAUAAGAAAAUACAAAAGAAGUGAAAUAGAAUAAAACUGGUUGAAACCGACUUUGAAACUUUAUUGAGGCAACAACGUGUACUAUAAGCGUACAGCAGUAUUAAGACUCAUUAGUAGCGAUGUGUACUGUAAGGGUAGAUUCCGAUGAUAUUCUGCUGGUAGUGAAAGCUUUGGAGCGAUUUAAAAAUGAUGAAAAAAAUUUGUGUCGUCGGCAUGAAUGUGAGAAAGUUUAUUUCGACAAAGACGAAGCUGAUAUUGAAAGAUAUGAAGCUUUAUUAGGUUCUACGAAUAUUAGAUUCUCAAUGGAGUCCGUCGUGAGAUUUAAAAAUGUCGCUGAGCGUUUAUCAGCAGAAAGCUUGAAGAAAUAUUUAUCUCAAAAAACUCUUUCCAAAGCAUUAGCAUCGUGCGGUCGCCUACUCGUCGAUCAUCAUGAAGAAAAUCAUUGUUCACUUUAUAUGUCUUCUGCAUUAAAAUUCUACUUUAAAGCCUAUAAGUCGGUGAAAAAAGCAUUUUUUUACGAAAACGUUACUCGUAAUGAAAAAACCAUUCAUUUUUUGAGACUUUCGUCAAAGCACGGGCUUCAUCAGGAUGUUUACAUAGAAUGCCUGAAGAUAUUUUGUAUUCCAAGUAUAUUUCAUAAAUACGAUAAAUCCUUUGCUUAUUAUUCAAUCUUAGAGGACAUUCUUAAGAUCACCUAUGCUGCAAAAGUGGAUAUCUUAAAUGUGGAUAGCUUUGGAGAAGACGUAUCGUCCUUCCUACUAUUAUAUUCUUCAUUAUUUAAUGACAUAAGCAAUAUAAGUUUGUUGAUUCGAUUUGGGAGGACUGACGUCAUAUCUUUAUCUAGUUUCAUCUACUGGAAAGAAGUAUAUAGAAUCCUUCCUGAAAACGUCGAGAUGGUUUCAGGUUUCGACCUCAUAACUGUGCGCUCACUUCAAGUAAUGCAUUUGUACCUGACUGAUUACCACAAGAAAUCUCGUCCAUUUUCAGCUGAGUGUGUGCUGAAACUCUUGUGGGACAGCAUAACAGACCCUUACUUGACUCGUCAGGAAUUUGAAAAGAGUUUUGAUCCCGAAAGUGCAAGAGAUGGGACUCUUGUGAAGGACGCAUGGACUUGGUACCAGUUUCACGUUUUAGAAGAUUCGACUUUGGUGAAAGCUCCAAGAUCCCUCUAUCAUCUCUCAAGGUGUGGUGUUCGAAACCAGACGGCCAAGUGUUUGCAACUUCCAUCAGGCAUCAGUAAACUAAAGCUUCCGAAACUAGUGAAGAACUUUCUACUUUUGGGAGAAUGCAUUUCACCUACCUCUCUUUGCCUUUAAUUGAUUCUUUGGAGGAAAUGUGAUCUGUAAUCAAUAAUUAUAAUUCUAGUCGAACAAACUUUGAUUCACUCUUUUUAUCUUAUGUGCAAAGUUGUUAAGGCAAAUAUUGUUUUUAUGUUGUAACAUUUUAAAUCACUAAUUAAAUUGAAAAUGUAUUUACUUGAUGUGUACUUUA